GCCAGAAAGAAAACAGUGCAUUGCGGAGGAAACUACAGCUACUUGAACUGAAAUUGUCACGGGAGCGCGCAGAGAGGACAAUGCGAGACCGGGUCCUCGCCAGUCGUCCCAGAAGUGUCAAGAUUCUCGACCGAUACAGAGGAAUAGCAAGAGGUGAAGGAGAUCUCACUGGAGGCCACAGGAGCUUUGUGAAGCCAGCUGGACACAAUACAUGGAGAGAUGACCAUCCAAUCACUGUUGAUGAGGGGAUUCGAACUUCAACCCAGCACGUUAUCGUGAUAGAGGAUGCAGAGGCUGCAGGUCCUGGGGUCAAGCUUGAGAGGUCUGAAGGAGAGGAGGACCCAAGACACAGAAGAGACAUCCAGACUGCAGCAGCUGGAGCUUCCCCUGAAGCCAUGGAGGACCUCACCGCUGCGCCCCAGCCCAGGACCCAACGCAGCAUCACGGAGGUCAGUGGAACGCCAAACGCCGUCCUCAAGUCAGAGACAGACACUGAGACUUUAAUUGUAACACACAGCCUCUUACACACAGGAUCUGAUCACAGAUCAGACCCAGAGAGACUGCGGCUGGGGAAACUGGGCUGUCCUCAUGCUCCUGGCUCAGAGUAUUUACCGGUAUUUCACCAGAGCCAGAGGAUGGUUCAUUCCCGUGGUGAUGGUAACGCGUUACACUCUGGCGGUGAUGAUCCAUCUUGUUCUUACGCUACAGAGACGGACCCUGGCAACAUGCCCUUGGGUUUAGAGACACAGACUGAUCUGUCUAGAGGGGACUGGAACCAGUACAGUAGUAGUGUAUACUCUGAAGGGUGCCUAGAUAAGAAAGGGGAGGGUCUGGUCGUAGAUGAGGUGACUCUGAAAGUGGAGGGUGACUCUCCUCUGACACUGAAUGCAGAUGAGACUCACUUAGGAAAAGGACACUCGCAGGACAACACCAGUGACUUCUUAGACUACAGGGAAAGUUUAGUGACAAAUCUAAAUGUCCCGACCCACUCACCUUUACACACGUUCAUGGAUCGCGACCCAGUGUCCACGUCGAUGGGGCCUUCCGAUUCACACGGCCGCGUCCUUUUCAACCAGGUAUUGAACUCAAACGACAGGGCUAGAGCCCAGGCUCAGGGAGGGGGAGCCACAUCAGGCAAUAGUAAAGAGAAACGGUUCCUCUGCAUGUUCUGUAACAAAGGCUUCAGCUGCACCCAGAAGAUGGAGAUCCACCAGAGGGUCCACACAGGGGUGAAACCUUUCAGCUGUACCCAGUGUCACAUGCGCUUCACCCAGGCUGGCACCCUGAAGAGGCACCAGAGGGUCCACACAGGGGUGAAACCCUUCAGCUGUACCCAGUGUCACAUGCGCUUCGCUCAGGCUGGUGACCUGAAGAGGCAUCAGAGGGUCCACACAGGGGAGAGGCCAUUUGCCUGUAUGCACUGCGGGAAGAGGUUCUCAGAGAGGAGAUACCUCAGGAUACACCAGCAGAAAAAACAUUCCACUCUAUAACAUAAAGUCACCAUUCCACUCGAUAGGUUCUGACAUUUAGAUCAAACCCUGCAUUAAAGGUAGAAUCAACGAGAUUACAUAAAUGCACAAGGUAAACCGCAGGAGUGGGUCAAUUUCUACAACUAAGAGCGUUGUAGUGCAAGGCCCAGACAUUGUGGGAUACAGCGCCUUCAGAAAGUAUUCACACCCUUUGACUUUUUCCACAUUUUGUUGUGUUACAGCCUGAAUUUUA